UAUGCUUAUGUCAACGGUGGUUGGACGCGUAGUUUCUAUCGGAUGAUCGUACGAGGAAGAGAUCCAAGCAAAACAGGAUGACAAAUUUUUAGCUGAGAGACAUUUCCACGAAGCUUCGCGAAUCUCUUAUUUCAAGAACCCUCGGUUGUGCUUUAGUUUAUUGUGCAACAAAGGACCUUAUACAAAGCGGAUAGCAUAGGAAAAACAUAAUCACGAACCGUAACUCGAAGAAAAAAGGAGAGGAAAUAUAUUCCUUUACAAAUACUUUCCUACGUCUUUAUUCUCAACCGGAAAAUGUUACAACGAGAUCGUUAGAGUUUGAAAGAAUCUCCACGAGCGAAAUGUGAGCUAGAUCGCGUAAAGGAUGAAUAAAAAUCUUCCGAGAAAAAAAAAACGUCGAUUGAUAAAAUUGUAUCUUCUUUUAAUAACACAAAAAAGGCAAAUAAAUUAGCAUUAGCAGCUUUACAAAAGGCGUCGUGAAAGGAAUGUGUAAGAAGAUAAACAAUCAUAUUUCGAACAUUCUGACGUUGAUUCUCGACGAAAAAAGGAAAUCUUUUGCAUAUCUCUAUUAGAAAUAAUAAUUUGCAGAAUAAUUCGCUGAAUAAUCUAUGAUGAUUGAGAAAGAUAAAAUUGUCAAAAUUUACAUAGACUAAUGUAUCAAUAUAUCGUUAUUAUCUUCUCAUACCAUAUGUUUCUAAUUGUAACAUUAAUAAUCCGCGAAUAAAAAAGUAUGCAGCAUCAAUACUGUUGUAGCAAAAUUAGAUUACACGAUUACCUUGAUUACUCUGAAAGUGGUGUUAAACCGAAGGAUAAAAGAGGUGAAAGUCGAUAGAUAUAUUGAAGUAAUCGGCUCACUGUUGAUCAAACAGAUCGCAAAACUCUUGGACGGAUGUGACAUUUUUUAGACUCGCAGAACACAGUGAUAAGAGCAAUUGCAAUCGAAAAAUGAUAUUAUUCCGGUUUCGCAUGAUAAUCGCUAUGCCAAAGUGAGUUGUUGCGCGUCGAUGAAGUAAUACGAAGACGAAAGUGAGAGAAGUCAUAUCACGAAGUCGAGAAAGUGCAAGUAAACGAAACGGACUUUGCAUCAUAAUUGCUAGUUUUAGCUCGUAAUGUGAAGAUACGAUCUGUUUCGCUACCAGUAUAGUGUAAUACUGCCUGAUUAUUGCACGUAUAUCGCCUGAUCUUUCGAGAGCAUUUAGGUGUUAAAAAACUGUUACCUGAGUUUUGGUGAGUGUGCUACGAGCAGUUAAAUUACGCGGCGUCCCUCGUGGCGUGCUACUACCCGAUGGACAAUAACAAAGUCGUGACGCGGUCGAGGGGGGGCGCGCAUCGCCCUGACACGGCAUCGUCGACAUCAUUUCGUGAUAAAAACACCGCUUCCGUACUCCUUUGCUUCGCCUGCGGCGCCUGCUUCGUUCUGAGUUUAAUCUGCAUUUGCUUAGCGACGUUGGUCGUUCUGUUGGACCAGGCUGUUGAGGCGACGAGUUAUCAAUUCGAUUCGAACAAGCAUACAGCAAUGACCGAAAAUGAAAGCUUUAGAUUGCCAAAAGAAGUCAAGCCUAUAUGUUAUGAUCUCUUCUUGCAUCCAAAACUUAAAGAAAACACAUUUUCUGGAAAAGUAACUAUUCUUAUCGAUGUUCUUGAUAAUAGAAGAACCAUAGCUCUUCAUCAGAAGGGCCUUAAUAUUACAUCUGCGAAAUUGAUAAGUUAUGGUCUAGAAGAAGAUUAUGAAAUUAAAAUCUCUUCCAUCAGCGAUCCCACAAAAUAUGAAAUUUUUGUGAUAUCAACUGAAAAUGAAUUUAAAUCAGGAUUGUAUAACUUGAGUUUAGAAUUUGAUGGAAGUCUUGGAAAUAAAAUAGUUGGAUUCUAUUCCAGCAACUAUCAAUAUUAUGACGAAGAAGCGCGCAUGAUAUUAGAUAGAGGAAUGCAACCAGGAAAACGACCAGAAAAACAAACCAGAUAUAUUGCUACUACCAAAUUUGAACCAACUUAUGCUAGACAAGCUUUCCCAUGUUUUGAUGAACCUAAUUUUAAGGCAGAAUUUUCAGUAAAAUUGGUUUGUCCUAUGGAAAAUUCUUAUGAUUCUUUAUCUAAUAUGAAUAUAGAGAAUGUGGAACUGCAUAAGCCAGAAAAGAAUCUAAAGACAAUAACCUUUGCUCAAACUGUACCCAUGUCAACAUAUCUAGCUUGUUUUAUUGUCAGUGAUAUGGUUAAAUCGACAAUGAUGGCAAAAGGAUUAAAUGGCCGAGAAUUUCCAGUCAGUGUUUACAGCACAAAACUUCAAGCAAGGGAAAAGAGACAGUUUCCUUUGCAUAUUGGUGUGAAAGCUAUCGAAUAUUAUAUAAAGUUAUUUGAAAUAGAUUACCCAUUACCGAAACUUGAUAUGGUCGCUAUCCCUGAUUUUGUAUCCGGGGCUAUGGAAAAUUGGGGCUUAGUGACUUACAGAGAAGCAAGACUUCUUUAUGAUGAUUACAAUAAUUCCAUUAUUGAUAAGCGCAAUGUUGUUAAUGUAAUCUGUCAUGAAUUGGCUCAUAUGUGGUUUGGAAAUCUCGUUACCCUAUCCUGGUGGAAUGAUUUAUGGCUUAAUGAAGGUUUUGCUACAUUUAUGUCAUUUAAAAGUGCAAAUGAGAUUUUACCGAACCAAAAAUAUAUGGAGCAAUUUACUGUUGAUGUAAUGCAUAAAGUGAUGAUUACAGAUGCAAAACUGAGCUCUCAUCCUAUAAUUCAAAAUCUUGAAAAUCCAGACGAGAUAACAUCAUUUUUUGAUGAAAUUUCUUAUCAAAAAGGAGCAUCCAUAAUUCGCAUGAUGGAGAACUUUAUUAAACCUGAUGUUUUUUAUAAUGCUAUUAGUACCUAUUUGAAUAAAUAUGCCUAUCUAAAUGCAGAAACGGCGGAUCUCUUUAACAUUCUGCAAGACGCGGUUGGAGAGAAACUGAAUAUAACAGCUAUAAUGGAUACUUGGACGCGACAAGAAGGCUACCCUGUUAUUAAUGUGCAAAAAUCCGAAAAUAAAUUUAUAUUAUAUCAGAAACGAUUCCUGAUCGAUCCAAAUGCCACCUCCGAUCCCUCAAAAUCGUAUUAUAAAUAUCGUUGGACUGUGCCUAUCACUUAUAUCACAAACAGAAUCGAUAAACCCACUCUUAUAUGGUUUAAUAAGGAUGUGAAUAGAGUCGUGAUUGAUGUUGACGAACAUACCAAAUGGAUAAAACUUAAUGUGAAUCAAGUUGGUUAUUAUCGAGUUAAUUAUGGAGAUGAAUGGCAAACAAUUGCAGAGCUGCUUCGAUAUCACCCUACGAGAUUCUCGAUAGCGGACCGAGCAAAUAUUUUGGAUGAUCUUCAUACCUUAGCAGCAGCUGACAAAAUAUACUAUUUUACUGCGCUGACCAUAACUUUGUUUUUGCUUCCCCAGGAAUAUCACGCUGUUCCAUGGGCAGUUGCAAGUUCGAAACUAAUGUCAAUGUAUACCUUGUUAAAAUCUCUUGAUUCACCUCGACCGAAUGCUCGACAUCACUUUCAGGUUUUCGCACUAAAAGUUGUAGAAAAAAUUUACAAGGAUGUAACUUGGACUGUCAACGAUAUCGUGGAAGACGACAUGCCGUUCUCAAUUGAUAACAAAGUACGUAUAACGGUACUCGAAUUUGCAUGUGCCAUGGAGCACAAAGAAUGCUUGAAAGAAGCUGGAUGCAUAUUUAUGGAUUGGCUUACUCUGAAGAAAAUGCCGCAUCCUGAUAUUCGCGAAUUGGUUUAUUACUAUGGUAUGCGCUAUGUUUCGCAAGAAGAUGAUUGGUUUGUGAUGUUUGAAUAUUUCAAAGACGAAACCGAUCCCAUCGAGAAAAAUAAGCUAAUGAAGGGAUUAGCAGGCAUAAAAAGUACUGCAAUCUUAAAAGAAUAUAUCAAUAGAGCUUCUGAUGAGAAAUUUGUUCGUACUCAAGAUUUCUUGAGAUGUUUGAUUAUGAUUUCCGAAAAUCCCGAUGGUACAUCGUUGGUAUGGGAUUGGGUGCGCGAAAAAUGGGAAUGGCUAGUGAAAAGAUACACAUUGAAUGACCGAUAUCUCGGUCAACUUAUACCGGCCAUUACAAAAUCCUUUGCUACACAAACCAAAUUAAACGAGAUGAAAACUUUUUUCGAAAGAUAUCCUGAUGCCGGUGCCGGUGCGAACAGUCGCGCCAAAGCUCUCGACACAGUCUCGUGGAAUAUUGGGUGGCUUUCUAGAGCUCCCCCUGAAAUCGAUAGAUGGUUUGACUGGGCUAUGACUUCAGGAAAUAUAUUCCAAUAAACACAAACAAAAGCACUAAAAAAAAUAUCUUAAUACGCGAAAUAACAUUUUGAAAGAAGGAAUAUUUGAAGUUUAAUAAUAUUGUGCGCAUGAACUUCUUUUUCAAUUACCGUGGCAAUAUGGCUACGUUAAACGAAAACAUCAAUCUACGUUAAGUGCGAAGCAUGUUUUUUAUGCAAUAUGUUUAUAUAAAAUCUUGUACUCAAAAAUAUACAUAAAACUUUCUAUAAAUAUUUUACAAUUAAGCAUAAUUCUUUCUUAUAUCAUUAACUAGUCAUUUUUCCCUUUCUAAGUUUUAGAUCUUAUGAAUUGUCCCGUAAACUGUCGCACAUGAAAAUUCUCGAAGGUCAAAUCCAUUAUAAGAUCGAUUAUAUUGGACUCUAUUUUUUUAUAAUUGGUUUAAUGUACAUUCGAUUGGCCGAUUAUUGCCGUAAAUAGGAUAAUUUAGAUCGCAAGGAUCUUAAUUUAUCGUGAUACACGCGCAAACAUUGUAUGAUCACAGCUUAUUUUUAAUAUCUUGAGUAUUUCCAGAAAAAUUAUUAAUAAAAUAAAAAAUUAUAAAGAUUCGUGGUCUUACAUCAAGAUCUUUUUCAAAAAUUUAUUUGCGCAGCUUUAUGUGAUCUAGUUAUGCGCGCAAGAAACUACAAUUUUUUAUCCGCAAAAAAAAUUGUUAAAGUCAUUUCACUUUACUUUUAUGCGCGAAAACGAUAUAUCAA